UGUCAAUCGAAUGGCUUUGACCAGCAGCACAGCUGAUGGGCAUUGAAACAAGUAGUUCUUCUCUUUUAUUGCAUCAAACUAUCCGCUUUACGGACCAAGGGCCUUGCUGAGUCCGAACGGAGGCCUCGAUGAGCUUGUCCUCGCCUGGCAUGGUAUCUUCUACGACUCCCGAGCGCUCCGUCCCUCAUCCACCGGCCACCCAUGGUUUUGGCGUGGUCGUCACCCAGAAACCGCCUAGUACUUCACUGGACCAGCAGCUGGCCAGCACAAGCUAUGAUCAAGCCCAAUUUAUCACCGAUAGCCAUGGUCAUGAAGACAAUCUGCAACUUGCCAACAUCGUCAGCCCGUCCGAAGAGAAACAGCAGCACCGUCAUCUGGCCAUCGACGUUCCCAGCUUAGACCGAGUUCUGUCCAAAUCACGCCACCGUCACAAGCAUAAGCGUAACAAAUCUGGCGACGGUCGUUUCCCACGGAGAAAGAAUCAGUCUACGACAUCUACCACUGCCAGGGGUCUGCUACCGACGUGGCCCGGGAUGAGGGACAAAGACAACGAUGAAGAGAAUGGUCUCCUCCGUCCGAUCACACGUCGAACGACACGGUCGCGCUGGGGAUCAGAGUCUACCACGGGAUUGACUGACGGGAGCCGGAGGGAGAGCUUACUUGAGGGAAUCGAUACAAACACAAAACUUGGCCCGGUCGCACGUCAAGAGCUCCGGUCGUUAGAGGACCUGAAGCAAGUGAAAAGUCGACGGAAAUAUGGCGAGGAGUAUUUGAGGUCCGCUUUGUCACUUAUCGGAAUAUUGGCUACAGACAUCACGCGCCGUCUGGAUUACACGUACUAUAACCUUUUAGAGAAUGUGGCAGCCCUGAAUGCUACGGUAUCAUCUUUCCAGGAACUGCUCAGCUCUACAUCAAGUCUCUUUGUCGAUUUCCAGCGAGAAACGUCGAGUCUCGACCAAGAGAUCCGAAAACAGAUCGGAGAGCUUCAAGAAUUCCAGCCACAGAUCAGAAAGAUAGAAGCGUUAGAAGAUCGCAUGAAGAUAGGGCGGACGAAAGCUCAGGAACUCAAUGAUCGACUUGAGAACAUGCGGAAUGAGAUCGAUCGCUGGGAGAAGAAAGAGAUGGAAUGGCAAGACCGCGUGAAUCGAAGGCUCCGUAUGUUCUGGACCUUUGCAGUAGCGGGUGUACUUGCAGUGCUUCUGGCCAUUGCCACACAGAACAGGAGCAUGAUAACAUCCUCGGCCAUUUCCAACAACAUGCGUGCAGGCACGGCAACGUUGGAUCAUAGUGUAUCACUCCGGGACGAGGGCAAUCACGAAUCUCAAGGAGGAAACACUCACACGUGGAUCAAGCAGCCAAUUGAUACCCUAUAUCAGGGAUCCGGUAGUUCGGAGCCUGCUGGUGACGACCCUCUGAAUUUUUCUGUUUCUGAAUAAUUUACAAGUGCGGCUUCCUGUCUCUGUGCUCUCGGCAUGAAGGUCAAGGUCGGCCUCGACUCCAUUGCAUUACUAUUGGCUUUUGCGUGUGAUACCCAGUUGCAUCCAAGCAUCCGAUUUAGUACGUUAAGCGUUUAGUCUGCCGUUAUAUAAUAGGUCAUCGAAAGACAAUAAAUCAG